CAGGCCUGGUGACGUAGAGGUGAAGGGGCAGUUCGUUGCUAGGAGGCGAAGGGCCGGGGCGGAGGCAGACUUCGCGGGUUGUCUGGUGUCUCGGCGGCUGAAGCAUGUGGCGAGACCCGCUGCUCAAGAUAUGCUUGUGCAGACGUCACUGGAUGUUACUUCAGAGGACAAGGCGCGUCCCGCUGAUCCCGACCAUUGUUUUCAAGCAGCAACUUCGGUCACAGCCCAUGAGCAAUGUCCGUCGCCACGGCCUGUACAAGAAGGUGCUGCUCGGUUUGGUGCUCUCUGCGCCACUUGCUGCUGGCACUGUGUGGUAUGUGUCUGACACGCAGGACCGCAGAAGGAUGAGGAUUCUGAUGGAAGGUGUUGGUCGCUUCUACAGAUCUAUUCACAUUGGGACAAAAAUUUCUAUAGAUUACUGGUGGACCAUUAACGUUAAACUACGUGGAGUAGAUGAGGAUAGUCCGGACUUUGUUGCUGCUAUGUCUGCCUGUCACCAGCGAGCUGCGGACCUCAUUGUGGAAGGCGCCAUUAAGAAUGCUGGUCUGUACAUCAAGCUGGGACAGGGUCUGUGCUCCUUCAAUCACCUGCUGCCUCCAGAGUACAUCAGUUCCCUGCGUGUCCUCGAGGACAAGGCCAUCAACAGGAGGUACAUGGAGAUCGAUUCCUUGUUCCUUGAAGAUUUUCAAACCACCCCAGACAAAAUGUUCAAACACUUCGACCCAGAGCCGUUUGCAGCUGCCAGCCUUUCUCAAGUCCACAAGGCCGAACUCCAUGACGGGACUGCUGUGGCAGUUAAAAUUCAGUUUAUUGAUCUACGGGACCGGUUUGAUGGAGAUAUUUUGACCCUGGAGUUCCUUUUGACCAUAAUUCAGCUAAUGCACCCCAAGUUUGCUUUCAGCUGGGUCUUGCAGGACCUGAAGGGAACCUUGGCCCAGGAGCUGGACUUUGAGAAUGAAGGCCGUAAUGCGGAGCGCUGUGCACAAGAUCUCAGUCACUUCAAAUUUAUCGUCAUUCCCAAGGUGUACUGGGAGCAGACCAGUAAGCGGGUCUUGACUGCCGACUACUGUGAGGGCUGCAAAGUCACCAGCGCCAAUGAAAUCAAACAACAGGGUUUGACUGUGAAAGACGUUGCAGACAAACUGGUGAGGACGUUUGCAGAGCAGAUAUUUUACACCGGCUUCAUCCACGCUGACCCCCACCCUGGGAAUGUGCUGGUUCGAAAGGGUCCGGAUGGGAAAGCAGAACUGGUGUUGUUGGACCAUGGAUUGUAUGAAACCCUGAGUGCAAAGGAUCGGGUGAGCCUUUGCAAGCUCUGGCGUUCCAUUGUCCUUCUCAAUGACGUGGCGAUGAAGAAGUACUCGGAAGAGCUAGGAGUCAAAGACUAUUUCCUGUUCUGUGAGAUCUUGAUGCAGCGGCCAAUCAACAUGAAGGAGACGGCCUUCCACCUGGCCAACAUCCUGACCCGUGAGGAGAGGGCUUACAUGCAGGACAUGGCCAGCAACCACUUCGACAGGAUCAUCCAGGUGUUAAAGGACCUGCCUCGCCCCAUGCUGCUCGUCUUCAGGAACAUCAACACCGUGCGCAGUAUCAACAUGGUGCUGGGCUCGCCUGUCGACCGAUACGUCCUCAUGGCCAAAAGUGCAGUCCAAGGUGGCAACUUGUUCUCCAGCGAGCACAACAGGGGAUUCUGGGCGGUCGGCCCCCUCACGUGGGUGAAAAUGAAGUGGGCGAGGAUCCAUUUUGAGAUCAGUCUGAGGUCAGAAAGCCUCAUGAUGAAAAUUGUCUCGGUCGUCUUCCGUAUGCUUGCCUACUUUGGGCUAAUGGCCCCUGAUGACAACCUAUACAAUUACCUGGUGCAGUAGUGGGCUGGAAUGCUCUGCUGUGGGAGAAUGCUGCCCAUCUCGCUGGGGGAUCUUGUUCCUUUCUUGCCUCAUGACACAGAAGAGAUGCAGCUUUCCUCUUAGAUGGAGCCAUGGUGAGAACGAGAGUGCUGGAACACGCUGAUGGUGAAGGAAUGAUGGCCCACAGUGACGUGACUACACACUAGGUUACACCAGCACCUGGGUGUAACUCUGCUGAUCCACACACACCAGCUGCCAGCACAGCCCAUGGACCAGCUCUGAACAGACCACAGACCAGCGGUCGUGAAAUACAAUGAAUAAGGAGAGUUGAGCUCCUGUUAAGGAUCAGACUUUGGCCAAAUAGUAUCAGAGCUCACUCAGCUUCUUGAUUUCUCCCCAAAACCAGAUUAACUGUUAAGAAACAAAGGCACGGCUUGAAGUAUUAACCUUCAUCAUGUGUAGAGAAAAUGUUUUUACUGCAAGUAAAGGUGUUUACUGAAGUUCACUUUUUUUUGUUGUGUUGUGUGUACACUGAGUAUUUAUUCAGAGAUACAGUGUGGCCCCUCGGCCCAACAAGCUGUUUUGCCUACCAUCCCACCUAUUUAACCCUGGCCUAAUCACAGGACAAUUUACAAUGACCAGUUAGCCUACUGACUGGUACAUCUUUGGACUGUGGGAGGAACCCCAUGUAUUCCACAGGGAGAGAGUACAAACACCUUAGAGAUGGCAGCUGAACUGAAUUCCACCCUGGGCUGUAAUAGCAUCAUGCCAACCACUCUCAAUCAGCCCAAGUCGGAAACCAAGGCGAGUUAGCAAUGACUUUAAAUCAGUAACCUGCGUUUUGUAGAGCUACGUCAUUACCUGGCAAUAUGCCGGGCAACUUUGAGGGAACUAUGGACGUGGACCCCCAAGAUCCCUCUGUUCCUCCACAUUGCUAAGAAUCCUGCCAUUAACUCUGUAUUCUGCCUUCAAAUUCAACACUCCACAUCACCCUUUUCUAGAUUAAGCUCCAUCUGCUAUUACUCUGCCCAGCGCUGCAUCUUGUCAAUGUAACCUCCAACAACUUUCUACACUAUCCACAUCAACCUUUUUAUCAUGUCCAGACUUACUAUCCCACCAUUCCACUUCCUCAUCCAAGCAAUUUAUAAAACUCAGAAAGAGCAGGUCCCAGAACAGAUCCGCGUGGAACGCCACUGGUAACUGAUCUGCAGGGAGGAUACGCUCCAUUUGCAUCCAACCUCUGCCUUGAAUGAGCAAAUACUUUUCCUUCUGGACUUUGAAAUUCAAUUCUUUCUCUAAUUCGUGUUUUGUUUUUAAAAUUAAUUGUUUUCUUGACAACUAUGGACUGCAUCAUAUCACACCAACUCCAAGCUCCCCCUUGCUGAAAUGAGAAAUGCACUUCCCAUUUGUACAUUUCCAGUGAGGAAUCUGUUGGUGGUCCAUCGAAUCCAACAAUGAUAGGAGACCUGUGCAGGAGAAUAUUUAAAGUGGAAAAGCUGUUGCUCUGGGGCAAUUCCAUUUUCAACCUCGGAAGUCUGGGUCCAGUGGUACAAGUAGUCGUCACGAACUGGGUCUUCCUUGAUUGCAGUGGAUGACCAUGACUUCUUCAACGCCUUGUCAUAUCCUACGCUUUUCAGAAUCACCGUAGCAGAUUUGGAUCAGGCUUGGAUCUCACUGUGGCUCUCAUUGGGCCAGGCCACCAGAGCUGACUUCACACAGCCAUGUCCCUAUCUCUUCGGGGAAUGAGGUCUGCCGGUUACCUUCACCUGGUUUAGCCCACUCGUCGAGGUGGUGGGUGGCAAAAGGAAAGCUACCCAGAAUGGACACGACAAGCCCCUUCACUUGACCUGAAGAGCUGUUUCUCUCCCCAUCGCUGCUACCUGACCUGUUGAUCAGAUGUGUGGGAGAUAAAUUCAUGGAAUGAAGAUAAAACUUUGUUCAAGAACACAAAAGGUGAACAGACUACUUUAUUUUAGUGUAAUAGGAGUGAUAGGGGUGUAUGGGGUGUCCAGGGAGGGGUAGCACCUUUGGUGAAGGGGCUUCUGGUGUCCAUUCUGGGGCAGCUCACUCACCUCUGGCUCAGAGUAGCUGUUUGUAUGUGAUAGCAAUCACACCCCAGUACACUGCACUGACAGGUGGGGUCUAUACCCCAGUGAGAUGGGAACGUGCCUGUCUUUGCAUGCUCGAUGAAAAGUGACCAGGCACAGAAAUCAGUCUUCCACUAUAACCAAGGAAGGGCAUACAGACGAGUCACUUUAAAUUCUUACUCCUCCGACACAUGGCCUUCUGUGUUGUAGCAAGAGUUUCACACAUCAUCUUACAUCUGGGCAGGUUGCAGUUUUCAGAACAGUGUGGAGGGAGCUGGACGGUCAACGCUGCGGGUCCAGAGCCUUGAGAUGGUGGAUAUUGAGUGAACCAAGGGAUCAUUGGUGAGACCAAUGGCAGGAGAGUAGUGUGGCCUCAGUUGUAGCAAACAUCAGGCUCUCAGGCUAUUCGGUUGCCCAGGGGAAGUGAUGUGGCAUGGUGCUGCCCUCUAGUGUUCGCUUGGUGGAAAGCAAGCGGGAUUGCCUGUCUCCUGUUGCUCCAGUGUGUAAUGAUUUGGACUGCUGUAGGCUUAUUCUUGCCAACAAUAUCCCAAGCACCAUUAAUCAACAGCACAUGACAGUCAGAGACUUGGGCUAUUUUCUUUUGCAUGUCUUUGCUGUGCAUGACUGACAGUACUAUGUAGUGCAAUUUCCCCCAGAGGAACGUUGUUUCAUUUGGCUGUAUUCACGUAUGGUCAAAUGACAAUUAGCAACCUUGAGGAAAGGUGUUAGUGGAGCUGGAUCAUAAUCACUAGGAUAGGCACUGGGCAGUGAAUGCCCAUCUCACCUAAAAGACCGUAAGAUAAAGGAGCAGAAUUAGGCUAUUUGGCCCAUCGAGUCUGCUCUGCCAUUUCAUCCUUGUUCAUCCAAAGGAUUGCUCAAUGCUGGAUUUACAGAAGUGUCUCAAAUCACAAAGACUUUAUAAAGGAAGAUUGAUUUGCUGAGUUCCUUAAUAUUCUAGCACCUACAGGAUCUCUUGCGUUUAUUAAAAGACUUAUGAAGUCAUGAGGAGCAUAGAUAAUUCGCCACAGACUUUUCCCCAGGGUAGGGGAGUUCAGAACUCGAGGGAAGAUGACGAGAGGGAAAAGGUUUCAAGGGAACCCAAGGAACAACUUUUUCCACACAGGUGAUGGCGACGUACUAUGUAUAUCUUACGGUAAUUUAUAAUACAUUUUAAGGUAAGGACAUGUUCGGCAGAACUUUGUGGACCGAAGGGCCUGUAUUGUGCUGUAGAUUUUGUUUCCAUGUACUGCACUGUACUGCCACCACAAAGUUAAGGAUAUAUGUCAGCGGUAAUAACCUGAUUCCAAUUCUAGACAUUGGGUAAGUACAUUGUGGGGCAGCAUGGAUGAGAUGGGCCAAAAGGCCUGUAUCCAUGCUGUAUGACUAUAAAACAUCAUCCUUGUACUCUUCAUAAAACCUUGCAAUGAAGGCCAAAACAGCAGCUGCCUCCUCUCAAACUACACAAGAGCCUAGGCCAUUUCCAUAAGACAUAGAAGCAGAAUUAGGCUAUUUGGUCCAUUGAGUCUGUUCCACCAUUCCAUGAUGGUUGAUUUAUUUCCCUCAAUCCCAUUCUCCUGCUUUCUCCCCUUAACCGGUGAUGCUCUGACUAAUCAAGAACCCAUCAAACUCCACUUUAAAUAAAUAUAACCAAUGACUUGGUCUCCACAGAUUCACCAUCCUCUGGCUAAAGAAAUUCCUCCUCAUCUCUGUUCAAAUGGGACAUCCUUCUAUUCUGAGUCUGUGUCCUCUAGCCUUAGAUUCCCGCCACGACAGGAAAUUUCUCUACAUCCAGGCGAGCUACUCAGGCUUGUAUGAGUUCAUCUAAAAGGUGAAGAGUGUAUGGAAUGAGCUGCCAGAGGAAGUGCUGGAGGCAGAUAUAUUAACAACAUUUAAAAUACAUUUGGUUAGUAAAGGUGUGCAGAGGUUUUUUAUGCCAUGGACCCCUACCAUUAACAGAGUGGACUUUGGACCCCAGAUUGGGAACCCUUGGUGUAGAGGGAUGUAGGCAACUGGGACGACGUUGGCCAGCAGGGACAAGCUGGGUCAAAGGACCUGUGCCAGUGUUGUGUAGCUCCAUAACUCUGAGGUGAUGUUUUGAAGGAAUUCCAGAAUAACCUUCACCAAUGGCCAAACAAAUAAAUAUAACAAUGCACAGUGGACAUUAUGUAGACAGAAGAGAUUAGUUUCAUUAGCCAUUUGAUUACUAAUUGGUUAGGCUCAACAUUGUGGGCUGAAGGGCCUGUGCCUGUGCUGUACUGGCCUGUGGUCCCGAGGGGGCAGGCACAGAUAGAAGAGAACCGGGGAGGGGGGCUGUGGAGGAGCCACUGAAGGGUAGGCCUGAUUGUGAAGUGGUUAAACUUUGCCUUGUCAAGAGCUUUCUAACCGGGGUGAAAUUCUUAAGGAAAGACAGGACAAUUAUUGGGAGCUAUCCUUCAGUUACAUGCAUGACAAGAUAUCAUAAUGGGUAUGGGCCUUACAAUCUAGGGCACGUGUCCUGUAGCUAUGCAGUCAGAGUGUCUAGUACUCUUGUGAAGGCAGAGAAACUAGAAUGGUUGGGGGGUGGGAAUCAAAUUAAAGAGGCUAGGCGUGAGGAGGUUAGUUCACAACAGGGGGAUGGGAACCAGUGCAGAGAGACAGAGGGGUGUAAAGUGAGGGUAGAAGCAAAAAGUACAAAGGAGAAAAGUAAAAGUGGCAGGCCGACAAAUCCAGGGCAAGCAUUAAAAAGGGCCACUUUUCAACAUAAUUGUAUAAGGGCUAAGAGAGUUGUAAAAGAGCGCCUGAAGGCUUUGUGUGUCAAUGCAAGGAGCAUUCGUAAUAAGGUGGAUGAAUUGAAAGUGCAGAUUGUUAUUAAUGAUUAUGAUAUAGUUGGGAUCACAGAGACAUGGCUCCAGGGUGACCAGGGAUGGGAGCUCAACGUUCAGGGAUAUUCAAUAUUCAGGAGGGAUAGACAUGAAGGAAGGGGAGGUGGGGUGGCGUUGCUGGUUAAAGGAGAGAUUAACGCAAUAGAAAGGAAGGACAUAAGCUGGGAAGAUGCGGAAUCGAUAUGGGUAGAGUUGCGUAACACUAAGGGGCAGAAGACGCUGGUGGGAGUUGUGUACAGGCCACCUAACAGUAGUAGUGAGGUCGGAGAUGUUAUUAAAUAGGAAAUUAGAAAUGUGUGCAAUAAAGGAACAGCAGUUAUAAUGGGUGACUUCAAUCUACAUGUAGAUUGGGUGAACCAAAUUGGUAAAGGUGCUGAGGAAGAGGAUUUCUUGGAAUGUAUGCGGGAUGGUUUUUUGAACCAACAUGUCGAGGAACCAACGAGAGAGCUGGCUAUUCUGGACUGGGUUUUGAGCAAUGAGGAAGGGUUAAUUAGCGAUCUUGUCGUGAGAGGCCCCUUGGGUAAGAGUGACCAUAAUAUGGUGGAAUUCUUCAUUAAGAUGGAGAGUGACAUAGUUAAUUCAGAAACAAAGGUUCUGAACUUAAAGAGGGGUAACUUUGAAGGUAUGAGACGUGAAUUAGCUAAGAUAGACUGGCAAAUGACACUUAAAGGAUUGA